UACAGGUAUAAUAAAGAGAUAAAAUCAUGGCAGAAACAGCAACUAAAGCGGCUAAGAAGAAGCCUGCUGCCAAACCUAAGAAGAGAACCGGGCCGAGCGUCAGUGAGCUGAUCGUCAAGGCUGUGUCCGCGUCUAAAGAGCGAAGCGGAGUGUCUCUUCCCGCCUUGAAGAAAGCGCUCUCCGCCGGUGGAUACGAUGUGGAGAAGAACAACUCCCGGGUCAAAAUCGCCCUUAAGGCUCUGGUGCUGAAAGGCGACCUGAAGCAGACCAAGGGAACCGGCGCCUCCGGCUCGUUCAAACUCAACAAGAAACUCGCAGAGACUAAGACGAAACCCGCAAAGAAAGCCGCUCCUAAAGCCAAGAAACCCGCAGCUAAAAAGUCCGCAGCCAAGAAACCCGCCGCCGCGAAGAAGCCCAAAGCCGCAAAGAAGCCCGCAGCUAAGAAAUCUCCGAAGAAACCCGCUAAAAAGGCAACAAAGAGCCCAAAGAAAGCCAAGAAACCGGCGACUCCUAAGAAAGCAGCAAAGAGCCCUAAAAAGGCGAAGGCCGCCAAACCUAAAACGGCGAAACCUAAAGCAGCCAAACCUAAAAAGACCGCAGCGAAGAAGAAAUAAGCUUGUUU